AUUGGAAGAGAGGGGUGGAGGACACUGAGUGGAGGCCAGUGGAGGGAUUGGCAGAGAGGGGUGGAGGACACUGAGUGGAGGUCAGUGGGAGGGAUUGGAAGAGAGGGGUGGAGGACACUGAGUGGAGGCCAGUGGAGGGAUUGGCAGAGAGGGUUGGAGGACACUGAGUGGAGGCCAGUGGAGGGAUUGGCAGAGAGGGGUGGUGGAGGACACUGAGUGGAGGCCAGUGGAGGGAUUGCCAGAGAGGGGUGGCAAAUACAGAAGGGUUAGUAAGGUGGAGUGAUUGGAUUUGGGGCUGGAAGGACAGAUGGGAGUCUAG